CGUCGGCCCCGCAGCAGCCGCGGGCCGCAGAGCGCGCCGGCUCAGCGCAGUCUCCUCGCCCCGGUGCCCGCAGGUGCCUCCUCCUGGACGGCGGCAGCGGCGGCGCGAGGAGCCGGCGGGCGGCAGCGCGAUGGGACCCCUUCGGGAGACCAAGAAGGAGCAGAGAGUGCAGCAUCAUGAGAAGGAGAUUUCCCGAAGCCGGAUUCCCCGUUUGAUUCUUCGGCCCCAUCUGCCUCGGCAACAGCACCAAGUGUCCCCAGCCUCUGAGUCUCCCUUCUCGGAGGAAGAGAGCAGAGAGUUCAACCCCAGCGGCUCUGGGCGCUCAGCGAGGACCAUUAGCAGCAACAGCUUCUGCUCAGAUGACACAGGCUGUCCUAGUAGUCAGUCAGUAUCUCCCGUGAAAACGCCCUCGGAUGCUGGGAGCAGCCCUGUUGGCUUUUGCCCUGGAAGUGAUGAAGACUUUACCAGAAAGAAAUGCACAGUUGGAAUGGUUGGUGAGGGAAGCAUCCAGUCAGCUCGACAUAAGAAGGAACCAAAGUCAGGCCUUGUAAAGCCAGCACACAGGGUCCGGUGUGUAUCGAGGGCACAAUCAACAUUGGUUGACCUCAACAGCAAAGGUAGCGAAGCCGAUUUCAGCUCCUCGAGCAGCACCGGCAGCUUCUCGGCUCCUGAGGUCCACAUGUCUGCUGCGGGAAGCAAGCGCUCCUCUUUCUCACGCAAUCGAGGUCCCCACGGGCGGAGCAAUGGAGCUUCAUCGUACAAGUCUGGCAACAGCCCACCCUCCCCACGGGAGAAGGACCUUCUGUCCAUGCUGUGCAGGAAUCAGCUGAGUCCCGUUAACAUCCAUCCCAGUUAUGCGCCUUCUUCCCCCAGUAGCAGCAACUCCGGCUCCUACAAGGGAAGUGACUGCAGCCCCGUCAUGAGGCGAUCUGGAAGGUACAUGUCCUGUGGUGAAAAUCAUGGUGUCAAACCCCCAAAUCCAGAGCAGUACUUGACUCCUCUGCAGCAGAAAGAGGUUACAGUGAGACACCUGAAGACCAGGCUCAAGGAGUCUGAGCGCCGACUGCAUGAGAGGGAGAGUGAGAUCGUGGAGCUGAAGUCCCAGCUGGCCCGAAUGCGGGAGGACUGGAUUGAGGAAGAGUGCCACCGGGUGGAGGCCCAGCUGGCCCUCAAGGAAGCCCGGAAGGAGAUUCAGCAGCUCAAACAGGUCAUCGAAACGAUGAGGAGCAGCUUGGCCGAUAAGGACAAAGGCAUUCAGAAAUAUUUUGUGGACAUAAACAUUCAAAACAAGAAGCUGGAGUCUCUACUUCAGAGCAUGGAGAUGGCGCACAAUGGCUCUCUGAGGGACGAGCUGUGUCUCGACUUUCCGUGUGAUUCCCCGGAGAAGGGCUUAGCCCUCGGCACGGCUUUCGGCCCGACGGCCGAUGCGCUGACCCCGGAGGAGCCGGCCAUGGAGGCGGGGGCCAGCAGCGAGCUGCUGGGGGAACACAGCGCGGGCCACGGCACAGGUGUGUUCGAUGAGCUGGUGACAGCCACCACCGUGGAGGCCGGCGACCUGGAGCUGCUUCGUGCCAGCCCUGGGGCAAAGGCCCUCGAGCUGGAGGGUCAGGAAGAGGGCAGCGCGGUGGCGGAGCAGGCCGUGCAGACCGACGUGGUGCCCUACAGCCCUGCCGUCUCCGAGCUCAUCCGGCACGUGCUCAAGCUCCAGGACCCCUGUCCCUCCAGCUCCACGUCCCCUGAGGAUGAGUCCGGGGCCGACUCGAUGGAAAGCUUCCUGGAGUCCAUCUCUGCCAUCGUGGUCGAUUUAACUCCAAGAAAUCCAAACUCUGCCAUCCUUUUGUCUCCCGUGGAGACCCCGUCCGCCGAGGUGGGUCCGGAGGCACGUGGGAACCGCCUCAUGAGAGAGCUGGAUUUUGCAGGCUCCGCAGAGGAAAGGCUGGACGGCCUGGUCCCGCUGUCCGGCGGGGGCGUCGUGGGGCGGUACUGGAGCAGCAGUUUCCUGGUGGAUCUCCUGGCCGUGGCGGCCCCCGUGGUCCCCACCGUGCUGUGGGCGUUCAGUACGCAGAGGGGGGGAACGGAUCCCAUCUACAACAUCGGGGCCUUGCUGCGGGGCUGCUGCACGGUGGCGCUGCACUCGCUCCGCCGCACCGCCUGUCAUAUCAAACCCUAAAGAGAAGAUGGCACUUCCGUGUGCCAGUCUGUGCCGUGUGGCCUGCUGCCUGCCAGGUGGAGAAGCAGCGGGUCGGCCUGUGGCGGUCUCUGUUCUGUCGUUUUUGCUCCUCGGUGUUUGAUUUGCACUAUACUUAGCUGAAGCCUGUUCACUGUUUAAAACGGGAGGUAUCUUCGAAGGCAUGGAGACCUGGUUCCAGGACAUGUCCCGCCAGUGUGAUACAGAAAGCAUGCUCAUGAUCCUGCCGUGUCGUCUGAGGUGCCCGUACUUAUCCUAGUGGUUCAGGUAGAGAAAAUGCAAAGUUUGCACUUUCAAGACAGCUUCUAUAAGGCUGGCAUGUUAUCUCCUUGCUUUGCUUUUUGCCGUUUUAAAAUGUGUAAUUGUUACAGCAUUCCAGUGGUCUUGUGCAUAGCAGGGGACCGUAACCAAAAAGAAAAAUGUAUUUGUGUCAUUGGUUUGAAGAAGCCUUGAUAGCUCUUUAGUGUCUUACUUGGGGUUGAUAAGGUUUGAGUGUUUGCAGUUUUCUACUAGAUGUAGCUCCAAAGUCUUAAAUGGCUCGUCUGUUCUUAAACCUGUUAAUUGAUGAAACUAUAUGUAAGGUUUACAUUGUAUUAACUUAUUUUUUGCUUAUUAUAUAUAGUGUUUUAUUGAAAAUCAUUUGUAACCACACACUUCAGCAUGAUGAAAAUAAAGAUUAGUGUUUCCAUUUAAAUAAAC